AAAAACGUAUUAGUUAAAGCACCGGCCCUCUGCCGCCUCCGCUACGCCUGUCGCAACCUCCGCUGCCGGCCUCCGCCACGCCCGUCGCAACCUCGUCUGCCGGAGAAUUCCAGAUCCGAUCCCCGGCGCAAUGGGUAAGCCUUCUCUCCUCCCUCUCCUCAUCCUUUUCUCCCUGAUCUCGUCGUCCAUGGCGGAGAUCAAAACACUAAAAAUCACCGCCGACACCCGUCCUAUCAUCCUCUUCGAAAAGUUCGGCUUCACCCCCAGGGGUUUCGUCACCAUUACCGUUUCCGACGUCUCCUUCACCUCCUCCCUCGCCUCCCCUGACCCCUUGCUCUUUGGCUUCUUCCUCCUCUCCGACGAGAGCCUUAUCCAGGCCACCUACGAAUCCCAGCAGCGGCAGCAGCAGCAGCAAAACCCUAACCCUAACCCUAAUUCCAACCCCAAAUGCGUCCUCUCCAGCCCCUACGUCCGCCUUCUCUUCAAAUUCGACCAGCUCACUGGCCCCAACCACAAUUUCUACAACCGUUCCUUCCACAUAACCCAUCCUGAUGAGUACAGCCUCUUCUUCGCCAACUGCAACCCUGAGUCCCAGGUUUCCAUGGCCGUCCGUACCGAGAUGUACAACGCUCGCCCCGACGGCUCCCGCGACUACCUCUCGGUCGGCCAGUCCCGGGUCCCCACCCUCUACUUCUUCUUCGCCCUCGCCUACGUUGCCUUCCUCGCCGUCUGGAUCUACUUCUGUCUCGUCAAGAACCGCCUCUCCUCCCACGGGAUCCACCACCUCAUGGCCGGCCUCCUCCUCACCAAAGCCCUCAACCUCCUCUUCGCCGCCGAGGACCAGCACUACGUCCGCGUCUCGGGCACCCCCCACGGCUGGGAUGUCCUCUUCUACCUCUUCCAGUUCCUUAGAGGUGUCCUCUUGUUCACCGUCAUCGUCCUUAUUGGCACCGGUUGGUCCUUCCUCAAGCCCUUCCUCCAGGAGAAGGAGAAGAAGGUCCUCAUGGUCGUGAUCCCGCUCCAGGUGAUCGCUAACAUUGCUUCGAUUGUCAUUGGCGAGACUGGGCCCUUCAUCCAGGACUGGGUCACCUGGAACCAGGUCUUCCUCCUCAUCGACAUCAUCUGCUGCUGCGCCGUGCUCUUCCCGAUCGUCUGGUCGAUCCGCUCUCUCCGUGAGACCUCCAAGACUGAUGGGAAGGCCGCCAGAAAUCUCGCCAAGCUCACUCUUUUCCGGCAGUUCUACCUUGUUGUUAUCGGGUACCUGUACUUCACGAGGAUCGUCGUGUAUGCACUCAAGACGAUCGCGUCAUACAAGUACCGGUGGGUGAGCGUGGCGGCAGAGGAGACAGCUAGCCUUGCUUUCUAUAUCUUUAUGUUUUAUAUGUUUAGGCCGGUGGAAAGGAACCAGUACUUUGUGCUCGAUGAUGAAGAGGAAGAGGCAGCACAGGCAGCGCUCCGGGAGGAAGAGUUCGAGCUCUGAAUGUCAGGAGGAUUGAAGACUUAUGAUCAAGUAGACUGCUGGGUGUGCUGUUCUGCUCGCGUUUUACUACUGUUCUUCACUCUUACCAUAGGACGGGUUUACAUUAGUUUCUAUAUACUCUCUGGAAUUUUGUUUUCUCUCUUGAAUGUGGCUGUUGAAUGUAGCUGUUGGAAUACGGGAACGGAAUUCAGCUUGUGAAGUCCAGGAUCAGAAAGUGUCAUACUUGCCUUUCAUUAUAUUUAUUUUCAUUUUUUGAUGCUUCUUUUGA